AUGUGACCUAAGAAAUAGACAAAAUUUUGCAAAUGGCUUGUCUUUUUUGUCAUUUUAUUACAAAAUGCGUCGGUUUUUUUCUCCUCUUUCGUUUUACAUUAUGUCGAAUUCACAAUAUACAACUUGAGAAAGAUGGCCGUGGUCAUGUAAAGAUAUCAACAUUUGGUAUUGUAAAGGAAGGGGAAAUUUCGGUUGAUGUGAAAAAUUUGACAUUCACUGAUGAUGCAGAAAUGAAGCUUGGAUUCAGUAUUCAAAAAACAUCAAGUAGUGGUAUGGCUACUUAUAUGGAAGGUCACACGGAUAAGUGUCUACUGAAGUCCUCAAACAUCGAUAAAAAUAUUGCCAUUGAUCUCUUCAUAUUCAACUGGAAUCGUAAAGCUGGAAAAAGACAUAUAGAUGUCAUUCGCUGUGGUAAAAUCUUACCAGUUAUUGAGAGUGAGGUUGGAUCUUCAAUAAAGUCAAUGAACACAAUAAUGGAUGAAAAUCGGGAAUGUGUAAAAAUUGAAGAGUUGCCUUUGCUGGUGUUUGAACAUGGAAGAAAAAGAAUCAGUGUUAAUGGCAGCUUUACUCUUCAUGUUCAAAACAACACAAAUAAAGGUUUAUACAAUACAUUUUUUCACAACUGCCACUUCGGCAAGAAUCAAAAUCCUGUUGAUAUGAGGGUGACAGUUGUUGAAAAAAAUGAUGGUAGUUUUCUAUCAGCUGGAGAGGCUCCAUUACCCAUGGUGUUAGGCUUUUUUGCUGUUGUCUUUUGGAUUUUAUCAUGUGUUUGGUUUUAUGUUCUUAGACAAUAUUGGUCUGAAACAUUCAAAGUUCAUUAUUUGAUGUUUUUGUUGGUCUUGUUGAAAGCACUUGAUGCAUUGUUAAAUGCUGUCAAUUACUACUACAUUGGACGAGAUGGCACAAAAGCUGAAUCAUGGGCUGUUCUUCAUUAUAUUGCACAUUUGUUCAAAGGGGGCCUUCUUUUUACUACAAUAAUUCUUCUUGGAACUGGAUACUUCUUCAUUAAACAUGUUUUUUCUGGAAGAGAUAAAAAGAUUUUUCUGAUUGUUAUUCCACUGCAGAUAUUUGACAAUAUUGCUUUGAUCAUAAUGGAAUCCACUGAGGAAGCUCAAGCUGAUUAUGUUACAUGGAAACAAAUUUUCAUCCUUGUGGAUCUAUUAUGUUGUGGGGCCGUUCUUUUUCCUGUAAUAUGGGCAAUCAGACAUCUUAGAGAAGCUUCACAGACAGAUGGCAAAGCUGCUGUGAACCUUGCCAAACUAAAACUUUUCAGACAGUUUUAUAUCAUGAUUGUCUGCUACAUCUACUUCACACGAAUUAUUGUUCAGAUUGUCAAGAUCACUGUUCCCUUUCAAUACUUGUGGCUUGACGAGUUUUUUAUGAACCUUUCCACGAUGACGUUGUUCAUUCUUACUGGCUAUAAAUUCCGCCCUGGGUCUGACAAUCCUUAUCUUCACGUCUCUCAAGAGUCAGAUAGUGAAGAAAUGGAUGAAAUUGUAACUCAGACAGGAUUAACAGAAAAUAUAACCAGAGUGUCUACAAAUAUCGACACAAAUACCACAACAAGAGUAAAGAUAUCUGCAGCUUGAUUAAAAUCAAGAAUGUUUGGAUACAGACAGAGAUGAAUUGUGUGUUCAUAGCUAAUCUUCAAGAUAAAAUCCUUCGUUUUCCCGUCUUAUUCUAUUGUUUUUCCUUGGAAAGUACAAUAAGAAAUAUUUCAUGAUUUGUUGGGAUAUUUAAUUACUAUAAAGAUAACUUUUGUCUUUUUCCCAUUUUUUUCUCAAAAAAAACAUUUGCAAUUAUAGAUAGUACUUUCGUUUUUACCUUAACACUGAUCUCAUAAACAUUGGAUAGCUUAAAAAACAUGGUGGUGUCACUGGAAUGUUGUGAUUUGACGAUAUUUUUUUUAUAAAGACGUUAUUUGUAAGCAUUGCUAUGCUAAAGGAACAGAAAACAAUAUAUUCUGUUUGGAAGUAUAAAA